AUGUCGCCACGUGGACUGUCAGAGAUGCAGUCGCGGCUUCAUGGAAGCAUCCGCACGGACGGCUAUUACUCGGUAGACGUGUGGAUCGGGUCGCCGCCGCGCAAGUUUUCGCUGAUGGUGGAUACCGGUAGCGCGCUCACCAUCGUGCCCUGCUCCUCCUGCUCGCCGUGCGGCGCUCAUAUGAACCCCCCCUAUUCCCCCUCCGCCUCCACCUCUUACCUCCCCGUGUCCUGCCGCGGGGGCCCCUGCGCGGGGAACCGCUGCGACCGCCAGCAGCGCUGCGCGUACUCGCGGAGAUACGCGGAGGAGAGCACCAGUGACGGCUUUCUCUCCUCCGACCUCGUCUCCUUCUCCCCCCCGCCUCCCCCUUCCGCGCCCGCCUCUUCCGCCACCGUUGUUUCCAAGGAGGAGCGCCCUUCCGCCCGCAAAGACUCUCGGCCUUCCGCCUCCUCCUUUUCGUUUUUCUCCUGGUGGUGGUGGCCGUUUUCCCCUUCCCCUUCCGCCGUCGCUUCCGCUUCUUCCGCCUCUUCCUCGUCGUCUUCCCCUUCCUCCUCCGCCCCCGCGGAAGCUUCCUCCGCUUCCCCCUCCACUUCCUCCUCGACUUCCGCGCAAGCCCAGUCUUCAGCCCCGGGCCCCGUUCCGCCCCUUCCGCGCGUCCUGUUCGGGUGCGCGGAGGCGGAAACGGGCGCGCUUUCCCGCCAAGCGGCGGACGGCGUGCUAGGGCUCGGCCGGGGGGCGUACAGCCUGCUGGCGCAACUAGUGAGCGCGCGCGCAGUCGCCGCGGAGGUCUUCUCCAUCUGCUACGGCGGAGGGGGAGGCGCAGCGGAAUCCGCGGAACUGGCUAAAGGCGCGGGGAACGGGGGGAGUGGCUGGGGAUUGUGGCGGCGGAAGGGGGGGAUGGGGAGUGGAGGAGGGAAAGUCGGGGGAGGGGCGGGAGGGGAGGGGGAAAUGGGGAGGUUGGGGGGGGAGCGGGGGGCGAUGAUCAUGGGGCCUGUGGGGCUGCGCGCGCCUGCGGUGAUGCAAUACACGGCGUUCGACCGCAUGCGCGUCGGCACGCCCUUCUAUCAGGUGGUGGUGAGUCAAAUUCUUAUCGGGGGAGAACCGCUCCCAGUGGAGGACGCCCCGCUGCUCUUCUCCUCGGGCUAUGGCGUCGUCGUUGACAGCGGCACCUCCUUCUCCUACCUGCCCGCGCCGCUCUUUGAGGCGUUCAAGCACAGCGUUAUGGCACGCGUGGCCCGGGGCGUCAAGAUGCUGACGGACACAGAGCCGCAGUACCAGAGCAUGUGCUUCCGCUCCACCUCCUGGACUGCGCUACAAGCCUCCACGCUGGCGUCCUUCUUCCCGUCAGUGGAGGUGGUAUUUGGGGAAGGCGCCAUCUACCGCCUGGACCCCGAGAACUUCCUCUUCCAGCACCGCAAGCGCAGCGGCGUGUUCUGCAUCGGGGUGUUCCCCAACCCCGACCAGGGGACCAUUCUUGGCGGUCUCAUGUUCCGUAACACCAUGUUGACCUUUGACCGGGUCAACGAUCGCCUGGGCUUCUGGAAGACUCCCUGCGACCAGCUCAUGACCCACAUUGUGUCGCCUGGCGCGCCUGGUUCGGAACCAGGUCCGGAGCCAGGUUUGGGUGCAGGUUCGGAAUCUGGGUCUGGAUUAGAGGAGGAAUUAGGCUCGGAUAUACGGCCUGCAGCAAGGACAAUGAAUCCGUUAGGGAGGGGCAGGGAUCCUCGGGACCCGUACACAGAGGAGCAGGCUCGGUCAGGCGGAGGUUCGGCAGCAGGCUUGGGUGCAGGCACAGGUGGACCCAAACCUGACGAGGGCACCCACCCAAGCAGCAUGACCACACAGGAUGCCACUACAAGGGGUGUGCCUGCAAGGGAUGUGACUGUAAGAGGCGACAGCAGCAGCAGCAGUGCGAGCAGCAGAAGCAAGCGGGCGCCGGAUGCAGGGCCAGCAGGCAGCGACGACGACAUGGCGAUGGUGUGGGCUGUGGCGGACGCCAUGCCGUCGUACCGCCCGGUGGACUCCACGGGGUGUGCGGGGUGCGCCAGCCACGUGGACAUGGAGCUGCGGUUUCCGUUGCUCUCGUCCGCACAGCUGGACGCGCUGGAGGGGCAGCUGACUGAUGAGCUGAUCCGAGAAUUAUUGCUGGAGCCGGGACAGGUGGUGAUUCAGAGUGUGUGGGGCACGAGUCCCAGCGGGGCAGCAGCGGAGGUGUGGCUGGUGCCGUAUGCGGGCACCACCUUCCUGCCCUCCAUCACCGUGCAGCGCGUCAACUCCACCAUCCGCCAGCACGCCAUGCACCUCUCGCCUGCGUUUGGGCCCUACAAUCUCAGCUCAUUCAACGCGCCGCCUCCGGACUUCUCUGGCAGCGCGGCUCAAUCCCACUCCAAGCCGCAGCUGCGGUGGCUGUGGUUCCUCGUGGCAAUCCCCCUCUUCCUCCUCUGCAUCGCUGCUGCUGUCUGGUUCCGAGUGGGGCGAAAGGAGGGGGAAACUGAGGCUGGGAGGAAGAGAUUUGUGACGGUGGGAAGGCGAUUGCAGCAGGAGGCAAUGGAGAGUGAGAGAAGUGAGAGGAUGGAGAGGCAUGAUAGAAUAGAGCGGUUUGAGCGGCAUAAUAAGAUGAUAGCGCUGACUGCCCAAGGAUCGGGCUCGUCGCCGAAGCAGGUUCCUGGGUUUGGGUUGAUGAGUGGGAGUGUACAUUGA